GGUUGUGGUACGCCAUCGUCUACGGAUUCGGCACCAGCGUCUCCCUCACCGGCGGUAUUGGACCAGUUGAUUUCUCAAGCCCGGGCUCACGGGCAGGCUACUGCUGCCGCUGCUCAAGAGCAACAACGAGCUCAACAACGUCCGCUUCCUGUUCAAAUUGCCAGUACUGCUAGUCAUCAAUACGGCCAGAUUACGGGUCAGCAAAAUUCGCAGUUAAUCCAACAGCACCACCAACCAAGGAGAACUCAAUUCGGAAGUCAUCAGGCUCAACGUGUUUCGUCAAGCAGUCCACAUCAAGCACAACCAAGUUAUGAGAGCGGUCGCGUUCUCACCAGCACCGACAACGACGAGAGUUCACGAGUAUUUAAUGCUCCUCAUGUCGUUGAAAGCGGUCCUAUACUCCUGCCACCGAAAGACUGA